AUGGAAUAUAAAUCACUCCUCUUAUUAAUGGGAUUUGCUUUAAGGCUCGCAGUAACUGAGGACGUUAGUUAUCAAGCGUGUGUGGACAAAUAUUCACGAAAAGGUUAUCAGCCAUGGCAAGAAUGGUCUGAUCACUACACCUGCCAUAGGUAUCGAUGUGAAAUACGAGAUGGAAAAUAUUUUAUAGCUGCAGUUGGUUGCCGUAAACCAAAAAUUCCUGAAAAUGCUCUUGAAUGUCAUGAGUACAUAGAAGAUGAGAAUGUUGAAUUCCCCACAUGCUGCGCUCGAUUGCGAUGUGUCGUAGAAGUAAAUGGAGAACGAAUUGUACAAACGAGAGGACAACCUGGUGAAUUAUUUCCUGACAAACCAUGGAAAGGUCAGCAAAAUGAGCCUAAUCCCGCGGUAGUAGGUAUGGGCCCAGUACAACAAAACCCGGGUGGAGAACCACAAAGUCAGCCUUCACCAGGAAUGUUCAAUAGCAGAGGCGCAGGCAAGCCAACGGAUGGCAACGAUAUUAACGGAAGGCGAUACGUCGAUCCAUAUCCAUCGCAACCCAUGCAGGACUCCCCAAGAAAGAAGCGUUCAACUACUUACCCUCUCUUUGACAGAGGAUUGCUCCACGAACGUGGAUAUGCACCUCAUCAAGUAAAAAUUCAUGGAUAUUCACCAGAAAAAUAUACCUCCUACUUUACUAGUAACGUAAAAGGAAUUUCGAGCCCAAAAUUACACCUCAAUAUGUCAUAA